AUGGCUUCCGAUGACGAAGAAUACACUGUACAGCAGGCCUUUGGUGCCGGUAUAAAACGGAAACGCGUUCCGUUUGUUCCAUCCAAGGACACAAGUACCCUCUCAACAACAUCCGCUCCUGUCACAGUUUCUUCCUCGCCUGCCCCCGGAGCAUCCUCUAUAGCGGAAAAAUACCUAUCGAUCGUACUCCCGUCGAGCAGUCGGUCGGAUACUGACUUACUAAAUAAUGUUUCCACGGAUACAGAAACAUGUGAGGUUUGCCGUCUGCCGUUAAAGGGUGCCUCUAAGCGUCUGAAGCAGAAUGAUGAAAAAGAGCUCCCGGUUUCAACCAGCGAGCCGUCUAACCCUGUGCCACAUGAGGCUUCUCUGGCUCACCAAGUGUGUCUUCCACACUCACACCCACCAUCUGCCAUUGACCGGAUGGGGAAAGGCUACAGAUACCUCUCCUCAUAUGGCUGGGACCCUGAUUCUCGCACUGGCCUAGGGCCUACAGGUUCGGGUAUUCAGAUCCCACUUAAGCCUAAAAUAAAAAACGACACUGUUGGAUUAGGAGUAGGCUCUUGGAAAGAUGAAAUAGAGAAUGUAGGAGGGAAGCGGCACGAACGAAGACUGAAGCAGUUGCGGGAAAGGGAGGAGGCCAAUAGGGUAAAAAAUACACCCAAGCUAAAUGCAAAACAAGCUCGGCUACAGGAAGAAGCGAGAAAGAAGCAAGGGGAUCGACUACGGGAUGUUUUCUACCGAAGUGAGGACAUGGAAAAAUAUUUAGGAAGUUGA